GAUUUCCUAUUCUGUUAAGUUAUUGAAAACGUAAUUAAUGAUACACGAUGGCACAAAAUAUUCCAACAGAUAUUGUUAUCGAAAGGCUUAAAUACCGCGCACAACAAGACCCUUCAAAGGCGGGGUAUAUUUUUCUAACUUUUCAAAAUGAGUUGCUUCCCUUAUCAAGAUUCGAGUUGUGGAACUUGAGUGGACGAUUCGCUUCAAGGCUACGAAGAUUAGGAAUUAAGAUUGGUGAUGUCGUCUGCUCCAUUUUAAACAACUCACGGACAAAGCUCAUCACUGAUUUGGGUAUCAUGACGGCUGGUGGUGUCGUCAUCAAUGCUAAGACGAUUCUGUCCGAUGGACAAGAUGUAUUUAAAGCCCUCAACAUCUCCAAGUGCAGGACUAUCAUAACAUCACGAGAUUGCGAAGAGUUGCUUUUUCUUCAGACAUUUUUUAAAACAGAUGGUCUGAAACGCCAAGUAGGUGUAGAAACCAUCAUCCCAGUACAGUGUAGCCAGGCCCCUUGUCUGAAACAGCUGAUCGUGUACAAGUUAACCAGCCACCAAGACCACACAGCUUUCAUCUCUUCUCUCGCUGAUGAAGAUUUCUACGAGGCAGACGUCAAUGCUGAUGACGAGGCUUACAUUUUCUUGACUUCCGGUAGUACUAGCUACUCAAAGUUGGUGCCUAGGACUCAGAGAGAGUACCUGGCACAAGCUGACGCCAUCAAACACUUUGGGCAGCUCACUGACGUCAUGUACAACGACCGACCAAUGGAGUGGAUAGCCGGAAGUCCCCACCUGUAUCUCUCGGCAGGUGUCACCACGGUGGUGCAGGAGGUGUAUGACGGUGUGGUCAAGAGGCGAGUGACGGACAUCUGGCAGUUGCUCUCUCACCUGGGCGUACACCUGGCCUUCAUGUUACCUGCUGACGUCAUGGAACUCAAGCAGGCAUAUGAUAACGGAUGUUUUCAUCAGAAAAUCUCUGCCCUAAUUACUGGAGGCCAGCCAAUCAGAAAAAAGCUGUUUGAUGUAGUGGGGCGAGUGUUUGAGAAAGUUUACACAAUAUAUGGGUCAACAGACGCAGGGUUUUUGGUAACAGGAGUCGUGGAUCACACUAACAGGGAUCAGAUUAAAGACUGCUACACCGGUCAGUGCUUGACCACUGGGCUACAGAUGAAACUUCUGGACGAGAAGACUAACACACUCGUCACAAGCGCUAACAAAGUCGGAAAAAUCUUUUGUAGAGGGGGCAACGUCCUGAGACAUUACCUGGGUAUGGAGCGGUCAACACAAGGCGUGUUCACUGAGGACAACUGGUUUGUUACCAGUGAUCUAGGCUACACAGAUGAAGUCGGCGACCUCCACGUUAUUGGACGAACAUCCGACUCUAUCUUGAACGGUACAACCAUCGUCUACCCUCAGUGGUUGGAGGAGAGGCUGCACACUUGCCCGGGGGUGGAGAACGUGGUUGUUGUAGGUGAGGUGUUGAA